AUGAUGGAAUAUAACAAUAGUGGUCUUGAAAUCAAUAUAGAACAAGAUGAACAAAAGAAUAAUUCAAAACAAUCAUCGAUUAUACCUGAAAUACGACCAUUGAAAUGUCCAAAUCCGGUUGUUAAUCGUCUAUCUCUUUUACCAGCUUAUCCAACAUUCGAUCGAUUUGGACCUAUUAAUGGGGAUCAUCUACUUUUGGCUAAUGUUCCUGUUCGAUAUUUAACAAAUGAGCAACAACGACGUCGUUCUCAUUAUCAGUUUCAUCAACCAUUUACUCUUACUGAUCAGAGCAAUGAUCUUAACGUUCGACCAUUCUUUGUUAAAAUCUAUGGCAACUUAUACGAAAAUCUUACUAAACGUUUUCAUAUUGAUGAUGCCACUCUCGAUUAUAAUUAUGAACGUCUUUCUAUGUGUAUGAAUAUUAUGACACAAGAACGAAUUCGAUAUGGUUUACUUCCAAUUGAUACUAUUGGCAUGGCAAAACUAAGACUGGAUGAAUAUACAUUAGCUAUGGAAUUCUAUCUGCAAAUUGAUGAUGAAUUGUUUUUUAUGAAAACAUGUUCAUUUCGUAAUGCUCAACCAUCAUCAUAUGAACAUCGUGGUAUCUUCUGUAUUAAUGAACCACGAUCCUUUUAUGGAUUACAACCAUGUGAACUUGUAACAUGUCGAUUUUGUUAUCCAAUCAAAGAGGUUCUCAUGCAUGGUCGACAAAAUCAACCAGUUGUUCAAUUUUCGUCAGCACAUACACAUCGUUUCCUUAAUGGCUAUGAGACUAUUCUCAAUUGUCCAGCGUCGUGCACAACGAAGAAUAUUCUCUAUGCACUUACGUGUCCUUGUGCUCGAUUUGAUUAUGUAGGAUAUACAUCAAUGACAUUGGAUGAACAACUCAAAUAUCAUCGUGAACAUGGUAAUCGAAUUAUUCAUGAAUUUAUUCUUGGCCCAGAAAAUAUCAAACAAAUACAACAACGAACAAAAUCACCAGAAGAACUAAUCGUCGAUGAUAUAUUACUUUAUAAACAUUUAGCUCAUUGUCCUUCAGCUAUUCAAAUGUUUCUCGAUUGUAAUCCACAAUACUGGCAUUUUGUUCCUAUGUUAGAAUCAGAAGCGGCAACACAAAAUCUUUCUUGUAAUUUAUCAUCAAAUAAUUAUACAUUUUCUCCAUAUCAACGUUUCAAACAACCACAAAUUCUAAAAAAUAAACGUGACGAUCUUAAACCUAAUGUGCAUCUUGAUAUUUACAAUGCUUCAAUUAUAGCUGUUCUGCCAGACAACUGUACGCAGUUAUUUUACCAUUUGAUUGAAGCAUUAUUUAUUACACAUGCUCAAACAAAGUUGAACACAUUGGGUCAUCUUGACGGAAUGAUUGUUGAAAACAAUAAUAGCAAUAAUACAUAUGCUCGAUUAGUGAGCACUGGUCACGAUAGUAACUGGUGUCAAAAUCUUGUUCGUCGUCCAGUGAUCUCAUACGAGAAAACACGGUCAUUAGCAAGUCAACGAAGAAAUCCACAUUUUCAAUAA